GCCGACACUACAUCUCCUUCCGACUCACCGUCAUCUGCUUUGUUCCUUUCCAAACUGCUAUUCAUUGACCUCACCGAUAAUCCACUCAUACUGCGUGAGAUGCCUCUGAUGUCUCAACGUCUCGGCUAGGGGAGGCGUAACGAAAGUCAAAACCAAACUCCAACUGCACUGCCGGUGGUUGCGCUCAGAGUUCAUGCAAGCAGGCUCAAACUAUGGCAUUCAACUUCAAGUCUUCAAGAGUAAAUACCGCUCUCAAGGCUUACUGCGUGGCUCUGAUCUCAGAUCAUGCACGUACCUCCGUGAACAACAUCGGCAAGCGCGAUUGUUUCCCAACCCGACCACAAUAGCGAACUUGCCACAAUUUAUAUCCCUCGCAUAUAUGUGCAGGUCCUCACAGCGCUGCGAGCCACGUCGCCGUCGACGCGGAAUACGACGCCAUGCCCCAGCAAGCCCCAUAGCGCCAAGGAUCCUUACUCUCCUCGGCGCCACACCACAAAGUCCGACACGAGCAGCUUCUUCACAUCUUUUAUUGCCCGCCUUUACCGCCUGGACGCCUCCGUGCGCGCCAGCAUCGCCCUUACCAACGAAGUCACCGACAAGCAGAACACUAUCAAAUCGUCCAUCGCCGCGGGCAGUCGCCGCAUCGGUGACCUCGAGGACGGUCUGCGCGCAGCGAUCACAGAAUACGGCGGCGUCGCAAAGAGCGUCUACGACUCAAGGGUCGCGCUGAACGAGCACGCGGACACGAUUGGGGAGCUUGGGGCCAGGCUGGUCGAAUUGAGCGUGAAAGAAAUACUCGACACCGUCAACAGCGCGCCAGAAAGUCCGCCCUCUGGCGACGGUCAAGCCAUCGGUCCUGAUCACACCCAUCACGACGAUCAUGCCCACCUCGAAGAGGAAUUCCGGUCACUCCGGCAACACCGCUCCCUCGC